AUGCAAUUUCGGUCCAGUUUAGCGUCACUCACGCCAGGUCGCCAAGUGGGUCGCGAGUUUGAGUCUUGCGCCGUCAGCGAACCAUUUGGCUUUUAUUGUUUUUUAUUCUUGUUGUUGAACUUUUAUCGAUGUUUUGCACCAUUUGAUGUGACCGUUUCCUCCCUUCCUUUUUCUAGACCAACGGAACCGGGCCUGUGCCACUCGGAGUGUGAUCUGGCGGGCACGAUACGCAUCGUGGACGGUGUGAAGUGGGUGCCGGAGCUGCUCGAUCACAACACGGCGGAGUGGAAGAAGCUGGCCCGUGAGGUCGAGACGGAGCUGAACGAGGUGUACAGUAAGGCGAAGAAUUUGAGCAAGUGGUACAAGAAGGUGCGCAUCGACAGCUUCAACAAGGGCAGCGUGCUGGUGGACUACUUCGUUGAGCUGACGGAUCUGACGCGCGAUGUCAACACGCUCGAGAUACGCAAGAUGUUCCACGAGGCGCUUGUACCGGUGCCGGAAACGACGACACCGACCACCACCACGAUCAGCGCCGAUGAUUACGACGGUGAGCGGGAGGACGAGGAAACCAAAGCGGAAAAGCAACCGGUCCAGCGGGAGAACCUGCAAGUGCAGGCGCAGCGCGUGAAGGAGGUGUUCCAGCUGGGCAAGUUCAGAGUCGAUCCGGUGUAUACCGAUUUCACAGUUAUUCCGAAGCCGAUACUUGCUGCUGGUCCAGCGAUCGAGGACAGUCUGUUCCUGCCGCAGUGGGCUAUUGCUGUGAUUGUGAUCGGUUUGGCGUCGCUGCUGUUCGUCAUCCUGUUCGGCGUCACUGUGCUAAUCAACCGCCAAAAAGCAGCCAAAAAGAAGGCACCGACGCCACUCACCGCCGAUAUGCUGAACGAACUGAACAAAAACCACAUGGGAGGCAUCGAAAACUUUGGCUCAGAGGAUCUGUACAAUCUGGACGAUGCAUGGGAUGAUCGUAUGCAGGAUGUGAAGCCAAAGCGUUUCUCGAACUCGAUGCAUGGUAGCAGCGCUUCCAACAUCUACGACAGCUGGCGAUCGCAGCGCCACCCAGAGAACUACUUCUAUGACGAUUACGGUCUGAAGGGCUCGCACUACCCACCGAGCGGCCAUCACCAUCGGUUACACGAUCCGGCCUUCAUGAUGCAUGAGCCGCCGCCACCGGUGAUGGCCAUGUAUCCGCCGUACCAUCACGCACCGCCACCACCUAACAGUCAUCACUUUAGCAACAGCUCGCGACGGUACUACCGGGACUAUGAUCCGAACUUCUGAGCUUGGCUACCGUUGCCAUAGGGGAAAUGUGAAUGAGCACGUGCGUUCCAUUGCACUAUUGCUGGAGCGUCUAUAUGACCACGCGGUACAACAGUUCAUUUGUUGUAGGGUUAUUUGCUAGCAAUCGGUUCCGUCCGCUUGAAGUGGACCAUUCCAAGUCUUACUGUUAACUGUAGGAAGUCGUAUCGUGUAGUGUAGCGUAGCUGCUAAUGUAUAUAAAUUAUUUAUUUUUAAUAAAAAAUACUAUAGAAUAAAU